UGGAGCGAGUUGAAGGAAAUUGUUAAGAAGAGCAUGGUCACGAAAAGAAUAAAGAUAAAGGGGAAAAUAAGAAGAGGAGAGGAAUGGUACGAUCAAGAAUGCAAAUUUAGGAAAAGAGAACUGAGAAAACAGCUAAGGAGGCUAAAAAAAGGCAAGAUUGGAAGCAAGGAAUACAUAGAGAGGAGGAAAGAAUACAAAGAAUUGGUGAAGAAAAAGAAGGAAGUGUGGGGAGAAGAACUGCUGACGAGAUUAAGGAAAAUAAAAGAAGGUAAAGAGUUCUGGGAGGAAGUGAACAAGAGGAGGAAAAGGAGAGAACUGAUAAGUAAAAAGAUAGACACACAGACAUGGGAAAAACACUUUAGAGAUGUACUGGACGGAAAGAGACAAAGAAGAAUCAGAGAAUGGGAGAAAGUUAAAGAAGAGGAAGAAGAGGACAUAACAGAACAAGAAAUAGAGGAGGCAAUCAAGAAGAAAAAAAAGAAGAAAGCAUCAGGACCAGACGGAAUCCCGAACGAAGCGUGGAAGUUCGCGACAGCAGGACUUAGAAAAAGUUUGAAAAAAAUCCUGAAUGAAAUAUGGAAAGGAAACGGCUACCCGGAGGAAUGGAAAACGGGAGAUAUAGUACCGAUCUUUAAAAAAGGCGAAAAAGAUGAGGUGAAGAACUAUAGAGGAAUCACACUGAUGGACACAGGAUACAAGAUUUACACAGAAAUUAUAAGAAGGAAAUUAGAGAAGAAAUUAGAAGGAGAGAAAAUGCUGGAAGAAAGCAGCAAGGUUUUAGAAAAAAGAGAGGCACAGUGGAUGCAAUAUACUUAGUGAAGAAGGCGAUAGAGAAGGAGAUAGGAAGAGAGGCAGGUAAAGUGUUUGCAUUCUUCGCGGAUUUGAAGGCGGCAUUUGACACGCUAGGAAGAGAGGAAAUAAAAAGGAUGAUAGA